GCGAGACGAGAGCAAACUGAAUAUGACAGCAAAACAACACCGAGGGGGGAGUGAACUUCUAGACACCCGUCAUAUUUCUGAAGAAACGUUACAGUAAUCCCUUCUAACGGCGUGCGGUUUCACAACAACUGAAAGCUGACUGGUGUCCUCUCAGUCCAGUAGAUGUCCACGCCGUCAGACACGUCAGGUGGCAUGUCCCAUCCUGGCCCGUCACCAGGGGCAGGCCUGUCCCCAGGGCCCAUCUUGGGCCCCAGCCCCGGACCCGACCCCUCACCAGGUUCUGUCCACAGCAUGAUGGGCCCCAGUCCUGGACCAGGGACACCCAACGCACCGCACGGCAUGCAGGCCCAGGGACAAAGCGAUUACUCUCAGGACAACAUGUAUCCUAUGCAUAAGCCCAUGGAGGCGGCCAUGAAUGAUAAGACGAUGGCCGAGGCGAUGCAUUUCGGUCACAUGAAAGGUGUCGGCAUGCGAUCCCUGCACAGCGGCAUGGGGCCUCCUCAGAGCCCGAUGGACCAGCACAGCCAAGGAUACAUGUCUCCACAUCCAUCCCCACUGGGAAUCCAUGAGCAUGCCUCCAGCCCCAUGUCCGGAGGUGGAGGAGGGCCGACCCCGCCCCACAUGCCUCCAUCCCAGCCCAGCCCCAUGAUGUCCAUGGACCCUCAGGGAGGCAUGGCCAGCAUGUCAGGGAUGGGCCAGCCGGGGCGCGGCCCCUCCUCCUUCAGCCCCAUCCAGCUGCAGCAGCUCAGGGCGCAGAUCCUGGCCUAUAAGAUCCUGGCCCGCGGGCAGCCGCUGCCCGAGAACCUCCAGCUGGCUGUUCAGGGCAAAAGGAGCCUACCCACGAUGCAACAGCAGCAGCCGCAGGCGCCGCUGCCGCCGCAGCAGCAGCCACAACAACCACAGCAGCAGCAGCCACAGCAGCAGCAGCAGCAGCAGCAGCAAGCAUCUGGUGCUAGCCCAUACAGGCCUUCAGGUAUGUCGAUGGCUCCCAUGAGCGGCCCCCAAUCAAGCCCCUGCCCAACACCAGCACUGCAAGGACACAAUCAAAGCACCGGACCCAAGCCUUGGACUGACGGUCAAGCUAGUGACAAUCAAGCACAGAAGCACCUCACCCCGGUCCCCAGUGGACGCCCAUCUCCCGCUCCCCCCCAGGCGCCUGUAGGGGCCCCGGGCCCCGUCCCGGGGAGCUCAGGGGCCGUUCACCCUCCAGGGCAGCAGGUGUCCCCCAUGCUCCAAAUGCAGCAGAAACAGAACCGGAUCACACCGGUCCAGAAGCCCCAGGGGUUGGACCCGGUGGGAAUCCUGCAGGAGAGAGAGUUCAGACUGCAGGCCCGGAUCGCUCAUCGGAUCCAGGAACUGGAGAGUCUGCCUGGCUCUUUGCCUCCGGACCUCCGAACUAAAGCGACGGUGGAGCUCAAGGCGCUGCGGCUGCUCAACUUCCAGCGGCAGCUGAGGCAGGAUGUGGUGGCGUGUAUGAGGCGCGACACGACCCUGGAGACGGCCCUCAACUCGAAGGCGUACAGGCGCAGCAAGCGGCAGACGCUCAGGGAGGCGCGCAUGACGGAGAAACUGGAGAAGCAGCAGAAACUGGAGCAGGAGAAGAAGCGCCGACAGAAACAUCAGGAAUAUCUCAACAGUAUUCUCCAACAUGCCAAGGACUUUAAGGAAUACCACCGCUCGGUGUCCGGGAAAAUCCAGAAACUCACCCGAGCCGUCGCCAACUGGCACACAAACACCGAGCGGGAGCAGAAAAAGGAGACGGAGCGGCUGGAGAAGGAGAGGAUGAAGAAGCUGCUGGAAGAGGAUGAGGAAGGCUAUCGAAAACUCAUUGACCAGAAGAAGGACAAGCGUCUGGCCUACCUGCUGCAGCAGACGGAUGAAUACGUGGCCAACCUCACGACUCUGGUGUACGAACACAAAGCCGCUCAGGCUGCCAAGGAGAAGAAGAGAAGGAAGACGAAAAAGAAGAAGGUGGAAGGAGACGGUGAAGGUACCAGCGCCAUUGGACCGGAUGGCGAGCCCAUGGAUGAGAGCAGCCAGAUGAGCGAACUGCCAGUCAAAGUGAUCCAGACCGAGACCGGGAAGGUUCUACAGGGGACCGAUGCCCCCAAGUCCAGCCAGCUGGAGGCUUGGCUGGAGAUGAACCCUGGGUAUGAAGUCGCUCCCCGUUCAGACAGCGAGGAAAGCGGCUCAGAGUUCGAGGAAGAGGAUGAAGAGGAAAUGGGCAAGGCGGAAACGGAGGAGAAGAAGAAAGUUGAUUCCAACGGAGACGAAGUGGCUGAGAACGACACCAAGAACAUCAUCGAGUCUGCCAAACAAGACGUGGAUGAUGAGUACAGCGUCCCCACUGGGCAGACCAGCUCCCAGUCGUACUACGGUGUGGCGCACGCCGUCAUCGAGAGGGUGGAGAAGCAGUCGUCUCUGCUGAUCAACGGCAUGCUCAAACAGUACCAGGUCCAGGGUCUGGAGUGGAUGGUGUCCCUCUACAACAACGACCUGAACGGCAUCCUGGCUGAUGAAAUGGGCCUGGGGAAGACCAUCCAGACCAUCGCCCUCAUCACCUACCUGAUGGAGCACAAGAGGCUCAACGGCCCCUAUCUCAUCAUAGUUCCUCUCUCGACUUUGUCCAACUGGGUUUAUGAAUUUGACAAAUGGGCUCCUUCUGUGGUCAAAAUUGCUUACAAGGGAACUCCUGGUCUGCGUCGGGGUCUCGUCCCUCAGCUCCGCAGCGGCAAGUUUAACGUCCUCAUAACGACGUAUGAAUACAUCAUCAAGGACAAACACAUCCUGGCGAAGAUCCGCUGGAAGUACAUGAUCGUGGACGAGGGCCACCGCAUGAAGAACCACCACUGUAAGCUGACGCAGGUGCUGAACACCCACUAUGUGGCUCCGCGCCGCCUGCUGCUCACCGGGACGCCGCUGCAGAACAAGCUGCCCGAGCUCUGGGCCCUGCUCAACUUCCUGCUGCCCACCAUCUUUAAAAGCUGCAGCACCUUUGAGCAGUGGUUCAACGCGCCGUUCGCCAUGACUGGAGAGAGGGUUGACCUUAACGAGGAAGAGACCAUCCUGAUCAUCCGCCGUCUGCAUAAGGUGCUGCGCCCGUUUCUGCUCCGCAGGCUGAAGAAGGAGGUGGAGUCUCAGCUGCCCGAGAAAGUGGAAUACGUCAUAAAAUGUGACAUGUCUGCGAUCCAGAGGGUUCUCUACCGCCACAUGCAGAAAGGCAUCCUGCUGACCGACGGCUCGGAGAAAGACAAGAAGGGCAAAGGUGGAGCUAAGACUCUGAUGAACACCAUCAUGCAGCUGAAGAAGAUCUGCAACCAUCCGUACAUGUUCCAGCACAUAGAGGAGUCUUUUGCUGAGCACUUGGGCUACCCGAAUGGCAUCAUCAAUGGGCAUGAACUGUACAGAGCUUCUGGGAAGUUUGAGCUCCUUGAUCGGAUCCUACCAAAGCUCCAGGCCACUGGACACAGGGUCCUGCUGUUCUGCCAGAUGACGUCUCUGAUGACGAUCAUGGAGGAUUACUUCGGCUAUCGCAACUUCCAGUAUCUACGCCUUGAUGGAACCACCAAAUCCGAGGACCGAGCCGCACUCCUAAAGAAAUUUAACGAGGAAGGGUCCCAGUACUUCAUCUUCCUCCUCAGUACCAGAGCCGGUGGCCUGGGGCUCAACCUGCAGGCCGCCGAUACGGUCGUCAUCUUUGACAGUGACUGGAACCCGCACCAGGACCUGCAGGCCCAGGAUCGGGCUCACCGCAUCGGGCAGCAAAACGAGGUCCGCGUUCUGCGCCUCUGCACCGUCAACAGCGUGGAAGAGAAGAUCCUGGCUGCUGCCAAAUACAAACUGAACGUGGAUCAGAAAGUCAUCCAGGCCGGCAUGUUCGACCAGAAAUCCUCCAGCCACGAGCGGCGCGCCUUCCUGCAGGCCAUUUUAGAGCAUGAGGAGCAGAACGAGGAUGAAGACGAGGUCCCUGAUGAUGAAACGCUUAACCAGAUGAUAGCUCGUAAUGAAGACGAAUUUGAUCUGUUCAUGCGCAUGGACAUGGACCGUCGGCGCGAGGACGCCCGGAACCCGAAGCGUAAGCCUCGUCUGAUGGAAGAAGACGAGCUGCCGUCGUGGAUCAUCAAGGACGACGCCGAGGUGGAGAGGCUCACCUACGAGGAGGAGGAGGAGAAGAUGUUUGGCCGAGGGUCGCGCUGCCGGCGGGACGUGGACUACAGCGACACGCUGACCGAGAAACAGUGGCUGCGAGCCAUUGAGGACGGGAACUUGGAGGAGAUAGAGGAGGAAAUCCGCUUGAAGAAGCGUAAACGCAAACGGCGUCAGGACAAAGACUCGUCCAGCAGAGACGACGGCGGCAUGAAGGCCAAGAAGAGGAGAGGGCGACCGCCGGCCGAAAAGCUCUCACCCAACCCGCCCAAACUCACCAAGCAGAUGAACACCAUCAUCGACACGGUCAUCAACUACAGAGAUGGGUCAGGCAGGCAGCUGAGUGAGGUGUUUGUGCAGCUGCCGUCCAGGAAGGAACUGCCAGAAUAUUACGAGCUGAUCAGAAAACCUGUCGACUUCAAGAAGAUCAAGGAGCGUGUGAGAAACCACAAAUACCGAAGUUUGGGCGACCUUGAGAAGGACGUGAUGCUUCUCUGCCAGAACGCACAAACCUUCAACCUGGAGGGAUCCCAGAUAUACGAGGACUCCAUUGUUCUCCAGUCUGUUUUCAAGAGUGCCAGACAGAAGAUCGCCAAGGACGAAGACAGCGAGGAUGACAGCGAUGAGGAUGAUGAUGACGACUAUGACUCAGAGGCCGAAGCCAAGUCUGUGCGGGUGAAGAUCAAGCUGGGUCGGGACGGACGCAGCCACGACAAAGGCAAGAAGAGGCAAAGCCGCGGAAAGGCCAAGCCGGUGGUGAGCGACGACGACAGCGACGACGACCAGGACGAUAACGAUCUGUCGGAUAAAAGCAAAAGCGACGACGACUGAGGAGGACCAGCAGCAGCUGCAGCAGCGUGAGGAUGCUGCGCUUAAAAAAAGAACAAUACUUUCAUUUUCUAUCGAGCUUCAUGCGUUUUUCUUUGAUUUUGUUUGUAGUGUGUUUUAUCUUCACUGCCAUCAACUUUAAAAUAUAUUA